ACUACACCACUAACUAGUACUGAAGUGCCAUCAACCACUACUGAAACAACCAGUGCAACUCAUACUACACCUUCAGCUUCAUCCCUUAGUACUGAGCAGAAGACAACUGCUGUAACACAUGAAACCAAGAGUGCUACUAAACCACUAACUAGUACUGAAGUGCCAUCAACCACUACAGAAACUUCCAGUGCAAGUCACACUACACCUUCUAGUGCUACUACACCACUAGCUAGUACUGAAGUGCCAUCAACCACUACUGAAACAACCAGUGCAACUCAUACUACACCUUCAAGUGUUACUACACCAUCAACUAGUACUGAAGUGCCGUCAACCAGUAGUGAAACAUCCAGUGCAACUCAUACUACACCUUCAGCUUCAUCCCUUAGUACUGAGCAGAAGACAACUGCUGUAACACAUGAAACCCAGAGUGCUACUACACCACUAGCUAGUACUGAAGUGCCAUCAACCACUACUGAAACAACCAGUGCAACUCAUACUACACCUUCAGCUUCAUCCAUUAGUACUAAGCAGGAAACAACUGCUGUAACGCAAGAAACCCAGAGUGUUACUACACCAUCAACUAGUACUGAAGUGCCGUCAACCAGUAGUAAAACAUCCAGUGCAACUCAUACUACACCUUCAGCUUCAUCCCUUAGUACUGAGCAGAAGACAACUGCUGUAACACAUGAAACCCAGAGUGCUACUAAACCACUAACUAGUACUGAAGUGCCAUCAACCACUACAGAAACUUCCAGUGCAAGUCACACUACACCUUCAGUUUCAUCUAUUACUACUGAGCAGAAGACAACUGCUGUAACACAUGAAAUCCAGAGUGCUACUAAACCACUAACUAGUACUGAAGUGCCAUCAACCACUACUGAAACUUCCAGUGCAAGUCAUACUACACCUUCAGUUUCAUCUAUUACUACUGAGCAGAAGACAACUGCUGUACCACAUGGAACCCAGAUACUAAGCAGGAAACAACUGCUGUAA